AUGCAGAUGGAACUUAAUAUUUACAUUUUUCUGAAAGACAAACUAAAACCAGAAGUGGAGCUGAUCCACGACCAAAAUACAAAAGAAAUCUGGCUCGCAAUACAGAGUGCACCUUGCACAUUGAACGCACUAAACACAAGUGUGAAUGAAAGGCUUCCUGAUUUUCGAAAGCAGAUCCUGCAGCAUGACCAAAAGAUGAUAAACAUUAAUAGCACCACGAGAAUCAAAGGACCACCUGGAUUCAAUGGUACUAUGGGUGAUAUUGGACCGGCUGGACCUGCCGGACCUCCAGGAUAUAAUGGCACUGAGGGCCCUGCAGGACCAUCUGGACUACCUGGUCUCCUGGGCCUCCGUGGACCAUCAGGGUACAAUGGUAUUCAGGGCCCACCUGGACCUGGGGCUAAUUUCUGUGUUUACAAGAUGGAGUCUAGCCCUGGUAUGGUAGCAGACUUGGCCGCUAGACAAGAAGUGCAAGUAACGGAGCCAAACAAUAAGACGUUUAUUGAUGUAAACGGUGGUACAAAUGACGCAAAAGUUACUAUUUAUCAAGCAUCAUCUCAGGUGGCAAGAGAACCUACAAUUGGGCCACGAUAA